AUGGGUAGUCGCGUUUACGAUCCGAUACAUGAUGUCUUUCAAAGCCGCGAAGACCAAGAAGAUACUAAUUCGGCUAGCGAGGUAGCAAGCUCACUGCAUCCAGGUUCAGACGAUGAAGAUGGAGGAGAUUCAACGCAAAGUGAUGACAAUGCAACACCCGCUAAUGGUGCUGAUCUGCUGAGGAGAAAACCAAGAGAGCCGAGCAAAUACACGCGGCAUUUGAAGAAAGCCGAUGGAGAGUAUUUUACGCGCAGAGAGAUUCAGUACGAGUUUCUGCACGAGCUUUGUUCAGACAGAAGACCCCUAUUUACCAACCGGUAUCAAAAUUUCUUUGCGAUUGCUCCAACAGAGGAAUCUGAGCAUUCAAAUGUGACCGACGACACUUACGUCGCUCGCAAAUUCAUCAAAAACGAUAAAUUGACCUUUUCCGAGAACUAUUUAUUGACCGUCGCAUCAUCCACCAAAUGCUCCAAAAUUCUACGGGACAAACUUUUAUUCGACCACAACAUAGCAUUCUCGACGUGUGCAUUAUCGCUUCUUGUCAAUACAGGCCGUCUGAAUACGACGAUCAACUUUUUCCUCGAAAUGACUUCUCAGCUGCGUACUUUUCACUCUAUACCAUGUCUUCAACGAGACGCGCGCGACCCAAAAUCUUUGCAGGACACUCCUCGGCUAAAAUCGAUUCUCAAAAACCUACCCAAAGGCAAUGGCAACUUGGCCCUUACAGAUUUUUAUGAAUCGCCAGAAGUGGGUAAGAAGCUUGACUCCAAUCCGGUAAACCUUAUAUUUCAUUUAUGCGAUAAUUCGGUUCUCGUAAACCUAAAGUUUGUGCAAGAAUACGUUGCCGACUCUGCGAAUCUAACAUUUUUCGACAUUUUGGAGAAUCCAGAUUUGGACCCCAAGCAAAGAGCGCAAUUUACAUUGUGGUUAAUUUACGUUCACUUGGAGACGGACAUGACAGAAAGUGCCAUUGUAGCAUCUCUGGAACUGUUUGGGAUUGAGGGCAAGUUUGAAUUGAACUCGUCCACAGAUGACGUUGACAUUGAUACCAGCGCGGAGAUUGAGUUCGGUGAACUACAAAAAAAAAAGCGAAGGGAGUUUCUAAUAAAGAACAAUAGACUGCCGCACAAUGCCUACGGAAGUCAAGAUGACAAUAAGUCACUAAUGGAACAAACAAAAUUGGAAAAAAGCUUAGCAGAAGGCGCGGAUGCUGCGGAAGAGGAGAGUCCUUCGGUGAAGAGGAGAGGAUCGAAACUAGGUACAAGAGGAGCUUCAAGAACAACAUCGAAGACCAAUCUAAGAAGUAGUUCAAAAAGCUCUAAGGAAAGUGAGCCCGAAAGUUCAAAAUCAGUUGUUAAGCCACCGGUAGCGAAAAGGGCUUACCGCAAGCAAGUCAAAAGACCUUUAGAGCAAGCAGAAGAUAACGAUACCGAGCCGCCAGUCAAAGAAGAACUUCAGAAGCCUUCAGCACUAGAAGAAACCGAAGUCAAGACCGAAGCUAAAAGCGACCCUAAACCGGAUAAUGUACCAAUAACGCAACCGCCAAGAAAAAGACAGAAGAAAAAGACUGUCUCAGCAUCGCCAGCAACGCAGGAAAUACGAAGUGAUCUUUUGGAUGAAAAGAAGAAGGACGAAAUGGAGGAGCUGAUAAAAUUCGAUAAAAGUGAAAAGAUUGCAGAUCAUCGAACUCAAGAUGCAGUCAUGCAAGAGCUGGAGCGAUCUCAAGCCCUUGCACGUCGCAAGCGAGAGGAGUUGGGGCUGAUAAAAAUGUUUCACGAAUUUGAAGACGUGACGAUGGCCACAGUGAUCGGCGUUCGUGGCAAAAAACGCAAGAAGUUCAAAGAUGGGCUUUUAGGAUUUGAAACUGAUUUCAUUCGUACGAUCAAUGGCGCAAAAAGAGCAUUACUCUUAAAUCGCAAAGAUCAAGACGACAGCAUCUACCGGUUUACGUGA